AUGGCUCACCAGGAAGAAGGGUGGCCUUUAGGGCUGCAACCACUAAAUGUGAGAGUUGGGCUGGUGAGGAAUCGUGAUUUCAAUGGCUCUAUUUCUUUCAACACUUUAGUCACUGGUUCCCCCACUUCUUCCACUGAUUCUUCUUCUGAUCUUGAUACUCAGUCCACUGGUUCUUUCUUCCGCGACAAGAGUAUCACUCUCGGGAACCUCAUUGGUAUUUCGAGCAUUCUAGAGCUCUCGAGAAGAUCAACGAGGGGAAGAAUACCCGAACCACUAAGAAACAGGAAGAGUUACAAAUCCAAGACAUGGUUUUUCUCACUAUGCUCCAAGCUAAGCACUGAUGCUGUGAGCAUUAACAACACCUCAUCUCUCGGUCACUUUCUUGAAGCAGAAAGGAGAGCUGCUAGCAAUUACAGAGGAAACCCAAGCCCGGGUGCUUAUGGUCUGGAUGAUUUUGCUCAUGUUCCAGACCCGAAUUCAUUAUUUGUUGAAGGCCAUGUUGCUCCACCUCAGUCAAGUUCUUGGCUGGACUCAUCAAAUGGUGAAAGAAACUUCAACAGAGACUUAUUCCAGGAAGGCAAUGGUGAUGGAUCUCCAAUUCUUUUCUCAUGUUUGUGUGGACAUUGA